UCACCGUCUCUCAUCGAGAGCCAGCGACCAACUCAUUCUUCCCAUCCCAUUAACAGCACGCAGCGAUCGUUGAGACCUCUUCGGGUCAAGGCUUCAAUGGGAAACUACGUCUCCUGCACCCUCGCCGGGCCGGCAGGGGGCCACGCGAGAUCGGUCAAGGUGAUCCUCCCCGGCGGCCGGGUCCAGCGCAUCGACGGGCCGGCCAACGCGGCGGAGCUCAUGCUUGACGCGCCGGGGCACUUCCUCGUGGACUCGCGGUCGAUGCACGUCGGCCGGCGGUUCGCGCCGCUCGUGGCGGACGAGGACUUGGAGAUGGGCCACGUCUACGCCAUGUUCCCCAUGAAGCGGGUGAACGCGGUGGUGGCCGCGGCCGACAUGGCGGCGCUGCUGAUGGCAGCGCGGAAGGAGGUCCGCCGGGAGUUGGGCGGCGGCGCCAGGGUCUUGCCGGAUGCCACCCACGUAUCGACGGAGGUGGCGGAGGGUUAUCCUCCGGAGUCGGAGCAGAACGCCGCCCGGACAUCGUUGGAGGAGGCGGCGGAGAUGAGGGAGUUCAGAUAUAGGUUGAGCAUGUGCAGGUCAAGGAGACCAACUCUGGAGACCAUCGCCGAGGAGCCCAUUUGCUCCAGAUAAUAUAUAUAUAUAUAU